AUGGCCUACGUUGGAAGCGCUUGGCUCCACCUCCGAUCCGGGAUCCCUUCAGGUCGAGGCGGCCUCAGAGCAGCCCAUGAACCCGGAGGUCACGCAGGAGAGCCUAGCAGAGACCGGGGAAGCUGCCGCCAAUUGCACGGAGAAGCUGGCGAAGGCCCUGAAGUCCUCGGCCUGCAGGGAGAGGGCGAGCCCUGCAACCAGAGCGGCAUCAGCUGCUCGAACGGCUGCGUCGAGGAGGUCGACGCUAGCGAUGCACGAGGCGACUUGAGGGCCCUCUCGCACUUGCACAGCCUCCGCACUCUCAAGCUCGGCGAGGGUGUCAGCGGCAUGCUCGGUGACCUGACACACCUGACGAGCCUCGAGCACCUCAAGCUGAAAGGCCGCAUCUCCGGCGACCUUUCCGUUUUGGCCAAGAUGCCGAACCUCACGGUCAUCGAGUUACAGGAGACCCGAAUUACCGGCAAGCUCCAGGCGUUGCGACAGCUGCGCCGCCUGCGUGAGCUGGUCCUGACCAAGACCAUGGUCGGCGGCGAGCUUGGGGACCUGCAGAACGUAACCGACCUGGAAGAGUUGCGGUUGUCAGAUACGCAGGUCUCGGGCAAGCUGUCCGCGGUUGGUAGCCUGAGCAAACUCGUGUAUUUGCGCCUGGAGUCCACGUGGGUCACGGGCUUCCUGGAGGCGGUGCAGGGCCUGACCGGGCUCAGAGGUCUGUUCCUGGAUCGCACCCAGGUGUCGGGCAACCUGUCGGCGCUGGGAACUCUCACACAACUUCGGGGACUGUCCCUGGAUGAGACCCGCGUGCAAGGGGACCUGGCGGCCCUGGAGGGGCUCGACCUGAUCCAGUUGCGCCUCCCCCGAACCCAAGUGUCCGGACACCUGAACGCCCUCAGCCUGAGAUGGCUUCACAUCUUGGACCUGGCAGAGACCGAGGUUUCCGGAGAGCUCAGGGACCUGGCCAGGCUACAGCGCCUCCGGCAGCUGUUCCUGCAGGGAACAGACAUCUCAGGCCAGCUCUCCGACCUCGAAAGGUUCCGCCACCUCCGCAAGGUGUCCGUUGCCAACACCCGGGUCCGGGGGAGCUUCCCCAGCGACCUGCGGGGGCGCUGCGAGGGCCUGACCUGGCUGGACCUGGCCGACAGCCGGGUGGGCGGCCUAUCUGCGUUGGCAGAAGGCGCCACGAACCUGUCCACGAAGCCUGGGCUCCUCCCGGAUCUUGAGCACCUCAAUGUGAGCGGCUGCGCGCUGAACACCACGGCGGCCGAGCUGCUGGUGCCCCUGGCAGCCGCGCCUCUGGAGACCCUGGCGGCCGCCGGCAGUGGCCUCCACGGGCCGCUCCCGAACCUGACAGCCACAAAGAUGGGGAAGAGCCUUCGACACCUCGAGAUGCAGGGGAACGAGGUGUCACACCUGCCAACACUCGAAGGCCUGGAGAUGCUGGACCUCAGCAACAACAGGGUCCCGUUGGCCCUUGAACCAGGCGUGCUGACGGUUUUCGUGCAGAACGGCACCAAGGCGAACUUCGAGAACACCAGCCUUGUGAACGGGGAGGACAUCCGCAAGGAGUUCCAGCGGCUCAAGGGGAAGCUGCUCCAUGAGUCCCAGCAUCUCGCGGAGUCCUAUGCCUGCAAGACAUUCGCCUCCACUCUUCGCGCCACGCCAGAGCUCUUCCUACCAGAGGAGACGUGCCAGUGCCGACCGGGACACGCCGGCCGGGGCGUGAACUGCCAGGCCUGCCCUGCCAACACCUUUGCAGAGAACGACAGCCAACCAGAAUGCGAGCCAUGCCCUGCGAACAGCACCUCUGCCAAUGGCUCAGCCUCACUAUCAGCCUGCGAGUGUGCCUUCGGCAACGCCCGGGGUGGGUUUCGCAACCGCAGCUGCCAAUGCGGCGUGCGCGAAGCGGAGCUUCAACACCAAUGCAUUAGCUGCAACAAGCUGCACCUCGUCUGUAACCAGGAAGGCACCAUUGCAAGGCACGCAGCUGCGGAGGAGAACCACGCCCGCAUCAAGGACUCUCUGCAGGUGUUCCGGUGCCUGGAUUCCGGCCGCUGCAGGGGAGGAAUGGACUCGGCAUGCGAAGCUGGAUACUCUGGCCCCCUGUGCGUCCAGUGCGCGCCUGGCUACCGUUCUUCCGGCCGGAUCUGCGAUAAAUGCCGCAGCCUGCGCCAGCAGUCGCUGGCUUUGGUGGGCGCCGCCUCGAUGGGAACCUUGGCGUUCGUGGGCGCUUGCAUCGGUGCUGCCUGGCUCCUCAGGAGCUACGCCCCCAAGCCUGGCUUGGGCGUGGCGUGCGCCGCGCAGCUCCUGGUGUCGCAGGCGGCCGGGCUGCUGCAGCUCGCGCAGCUCUGGGUGCUGCUCGCGCGACUGGUGAACGUCAAGCAAGCGAAGAAAGUCUUGCAGGAGGCGCUUGCAACCAACGUCACGGACACGGACACCUCAGCCGCGGGGGGCUCCACGAUGGAAAGCGACCCGCUUGUGUCCUACAUGGAAGUCCUUCAGCUCACGGGCACCGAGCUGUCAAGCUUCCUGGACCUGCAGUGCCACUUCGACGGCGCCAGCGUCCGGGCCGCCUUCGCCGUCGCGACGCCGGUGCUUCCUUUGCUGGUCCUCGCGGCCUGCGCCACCCUGGAGCUGUGGGGCCGCGGCAAAGGCAUCCAGCUGGCGCUCCGGGCCCUGACGCUCCUCUUCGUGGGCGGCGCCUCCGGGGCCGUGCAGCUCCUGGGCUGCCAGCGCGAGGACGGCGAAGGCGCGUGGAUUGGCGACGACUGGGCUUUCCGGCCGCUCUUCCCGUGGCUCAAGUGCUCCAAGGACACCGCGGCCGCCGCUUUGGUGGACGGAGUCGGCUGGACCACAGGGGCGAUCUACGGCGUUGUCGUGCCCUGCUUCCUCGCCUUCCUCUUAUUCAAGCAGCGGCGCGUCAUGAGGCAGUGCAAGACCUUCGUCGUCGUGAGUGCCGAAGAUGAGAGCGGCGGCGCCCGCUUGAAGCUCACUCCUUGCAGCACGUCCCAGCACUUCGAGGAGGGGCUCUUGGCCAGGCGCUUGCUGGCAGCGGCCGCAGCUCACCUUGCGACGCAGAGGCCUGGGCGUGCCCUGGUGGAACUCCGCCCGGACGCAGUGAUCGUGACCUCGGAAGAUCACGCGGGCGUCGGCUGUGCGGGAGACAAGUAUGAGGAGUUCUCAGCUGAGAGCUUCAUAGCGGAAACGAACAAGCUGGAAGAAAGCGUGCUUCGUCGGAACUACAUCAUGCAGAUGCUGACGGAGCGCAGCAUCCUCGAAGAGAUCCAGUCAGACAGGCUGCUGCUUGGAGCUCGACAGCUGCUCUGCAAGUACGCAUACUGCGAUGGCGUGUGGAUGGAGGUGGCCUUGAAGCUCGCCUCCGCAUGCCUGGUGCCUGUGGUGUCUGCCAGAGACGGACUCUGGCUCUCCAUGGCGAUUACCUUCGGCAUGGCGGUGAUCAUCGGCAGCGCCCGCCCCUUCGCGCAGCCCCAGGUGAACACCCUCCAGAGCUUUAGCUUCUGUUGCCUGACAGUGUCGGCGAUCGGCUUCGCCUACCGUUGCAUUUUCCUGACCCGCCUGGCACUCCUGGCACCGGCGCUGCUGGCGGCCGCGCAGCUCCUGCGGCCGGACUCCAGGGAGUCCCUGGCGCAGCGCCUGCAGCAGGAGCUGGGGAAGCAGAUCGAAGCCCUGCGGCGCGGGGAAGCCGUCGCCGUGUGCGCAGAAGAAGUGCGGCUCCUGUGA